AUGGAUGUUGGAAUAGAUAAUGAGUUACAAAACUUGGAAGUUGCACAGGAUGAUACUUCAAAGUAUUUAUUACAAUAUAUGUUAGCAGUACAAGGAGUCUGUCAUGAGAAUGUUUUACUUUUAGCUCUAAUGAAAUUAAAGCUCGAUCAAGAACAAUUCGAUAAGACAUGGUCUAUAAAACAGUGGUUAGAUUGUUUAAAAAAAUAUAUUGAGGAGAUUAAUGUGAAAUUGAGUCCAUUAUUGUAUAAAUUAAUAUUAGUGAAUCAUGAUGUAGGAAAUGAUGCUGCGGAUACACAUAUUAGACAAAAAUUUCAACGAUUUAUUUCAAGUGUAAAUCAUGCUAAUUUUAAUGAUUCUUUAGCAAGUAAUAUGGCAGAUAAUGAAGCAAUGGAACAAGUAACCUCUGGAUCCCUUUCUUUACCACAAAGUAAUAGAUACUAUGUGUAUAUUAACUUACAAUCUACCAAUGAAACAAAACUGGCGACAAAAUUUACCACAAAAGAAAUUGAAUUUAUUAAAUGGGCAAUUGAACAAUUCAUGACUCAAGGAGAUAUUAUUGAAUAUAAGACUCCCCAAUUAACGUCUAGUAUAAUUGACAAAGUAAAUAAUAUUUUAAAGGACAUUAACUCGAACGAUUCUGCAGAAAGUUCAACAGAAAAUUGGAAUCAUUUUAUUACUUAUUCAGUAGGUUCUACCCAAUUAUCACAAUUUGCAGAUAUGUCACCAUUAGAAAUAGAACACGUUCUUCGACAAUUAUGUGACUACAAAUGGUUUUAUAGAACCUCGGAAGGGAAAUUUGGUAUGGAUAUUAGAUGCAUU